AUGUCAACUUUUGUUAAAUCUAAAAGUGAAGAUGUACCAGACAUAGACUUUGAUGAUCUUGAAGAUAUUCUAGCUCAGUUAACACAAGAGGAAUUAGAAGAACUUAAUGGAGAUUUCGAUCCUGAUAAUUCCUUGUUACCACCUAGUCAAAGACAAAAGGAUCAAACAGAUAAAAGCCCUACAGGACCCUAUAAACGUCAAAAGUUGCUCGACUUUUUAGAGAAGAAAGCCAAAGAAGAAAAGGACUGGGAACAAAAUAAACCCUAUGUUAAAGAAACAAAAGGGAAAGUAUUUGUGCCAAAAAAGAUAGAAAAUAAAAAAGAAGAACAAGUAAAUGAUGAUGGUACCACUGAUACAGAAUGGGAUGAUAUUUUACAACAAGCUUCCGAAGAGGAAUUAGUUGAUCUUGCUGCCGUACUUGGAUUUCAUAGUAUGUUAACACAAACACAAUAUUAUGCAUCAUUAGAAGACAGAAAAAUUCAUGAGGGUGGUUUCACAGGUGCUGCCCAUGCCCAGAAAUUUAAUCCACUGCCCAGCGAGCCUCCAAAUACUACAGAUGUUGAGGGCAGUAUAGAAAAAUUAAAGAAUAAUGAUCCUGAAUUAAAGAGUUUGAAUCUCAAUAAUAUUAAGAACAUGUCUGUUGAAAGAUUAGAGCAAUUAGCAGAUGCUUUGAAAGACAAUACUCAAUUAAAGAAAUUAGAAAUGGCUGGUGUGGCUGCUAAUGAUAAAAUUGCCAGGGCACUGGCUAAAGCUUUGGAAAGUAAUAAAACAUUAAAGACAUUGAAUGUAGAAUCUAAUUUUUUAACUGGAGAAGCUAUAUUAACUUUAUUAAAAGCUAUUAAUAUUAAUCAGUCAGUAUUACAUUUACAUGUAGCCAAUCAGAAACCAGAGGUGUUGGGAAACAAAGUUGAAAUGAAUAUACAGAAGUUGAUUUUAGAAAACGACACCAUGAUACGAUUUGGUAUUCUAUUUGAAUUUCCUGGAGUUCGUGCCAAAGUCACAGAAAAGAUUCAACAAAACAUUGAUAAAUUGAGGAAAGCAAGAAUUGGUGGAUCAUCAUAGAAAGUGAUACCUAUUGUGUUUUUAUCUUGUAUUCAACAUGUCAUUACCAGUUUUAUUUAGUAUUUUUUAGCUCAUAAUGAUUACACCUUGUUGUGGAUUGAGUAUAAGUCUCUUAUUAACAUCUAUGUCCAAAUAUCACGUGUCUUCAAAUUUCACAGAUUACUAAAUUUCAUAUUAGGCUGAAUACGUAUUGAAAAAUUUAUCAGUGAACCUUGUAAAAUUGGAAUAAAUGACUUAAUUUAGGGUGUCAAGAAUUCUGAAGGCACAAAUACUUUGUAUUGCAAUAUUAUGUAUAACAUCAGCUCAGAUGCAUAGUUUUUGGCUCUUUGUGCAUAGUUUAGUGGAUUAGUGGCAACACUAUUUAAAUGUUGUCAAAUGUGGUUUAUGCUUAUGCCAUGUAGCUUACUAUGUAAGAAGAAAUUUGUUCAUGUUGACUAAACUGUAUACUAUAAAAAGUAAUUGGCAAAUAGUUUUCGCAGACUAUUCAGAAAUGAACUGUUAAAUUCUUAGAAAUGUGUGCUUUUUGUAUUUUGUUAUUUCAAGGAUUGACUAAACCUUAAUCCAAUAAACUGAAUAAAGUUUGGAAGUAGCUUUGGCAUCUACUUUUUGCCUGAUUGACUCAAAUAGAAUAUAUAAUUUACCUAUUUAACAUUGUUAAUUAUAGUCGCUUUAUGACUUUGUUAUAAUGAUUAUGUUUAGUGUAUAGCCUUUUUCAAUUGUACAGUGCAUUAUUUAAAAAUCUUUUACUCUUCAUAUUGAAAUGUGUUUACCGGCCCAUUAUGUAGAAAAUGUCAUUUGUUUUGUUAAUUGUAUAUUUGUAGGCAUCCUUAGAUUUUCCUGGAAUGUGCUUUUUUUAUAAAAUAAAAUAAAAUGCACAGAAAAUUUUU